GCUGGGUGAUUCCGCUUGUUUGCCGCCUGCGUGAGUGCUUAGAGCUUUUCGGUGGAAGAUGCCGGACAGUAACUUCGCAGAGCGCAGCGAGGAGCAGGUGUCUGGUGCUAAAGUCAUCGCUCAGGCCCUGAAAACGCAAGAUGUGGAGUACAUAUUUGGCAUCGUAGGCAUCCCAGUGACCGAAAUCGCCAUUGCUGCCCAGCAGCUAGGCAUCAAGUACAUCGGGAUGAGGAAUGAGCAGGCGGCUUGUUAUGCUGCCUCCGCGAUUGGAUAUCUGACAAGCAGGCCAGGAGUCUGCCUUGUUGUUUCUGGCCCAGGUCUCAUCCAUGCCUUGGGCGGUAUGGCAAAUGCAAACAUGAACUGCUGGCCCUUGCUUGUGAUUGGUGGUUCCUCUGAAAGAAACCAAGAAACAAUGGGAGCUUUCCAGGAGUUUCCUCAGGUUGAAGCUUGUAGAUUAUAUACCAAGUUCUCUGCCCGCCCAAGCAGCAUAGAAGCUAUUCCUUUUGUUAUUGAAAAGGCAGUGAGAAGCAGUAUCUAUGGUCGUCCAGGUGCUUGCUAUGUUGACAUACCAGCAGAUUUUGUGAACCUUCAGGUGAAUGUGAAUUCUAUAAAGUACAUGGAACGCUGCAUGUCACCUCCUAUUAGCAUGGCAGAAACCUCUGCUGUGUGCACGGCGGCUUCUGUUAUUAGGAAUGCCAAACAACCCCUUCUUAUCAUCGGGAAAGGUGCUGCUUACGCUCAUGCAGAAGAGAGUAUCAAGAAAUUGGUGGAGCAAUAUAAACUGCCAUUUUUGCCCACCCCUAUGGGGAAGGGUGUUGUCCCUGACAACCAUCCAUACUGUGUAGGUGCAGCCAGAUCCAGGGCUUUGCAAUUUGCUGAUGUAAUUGUGUUAUUUGGUGCCAGACUAAAUUGGAUUUUACAUUUUGGACUGCCUCCAAGAUAUCAGCCAGAUGUGAAGUUUAUCCAGAAGCCAUCAUUUGUCCAUGGCCAUCCAGACAUGGAACUUCUGAGUAAAUGGAGAAGUAAUCGUGCCAUGUUCUUGGAAUUGUCCUCUAAAUGUGGUUCCCUGGGCCAGGCGCAUCAGCACCACCUGCGAAACCUGUUAGAAAUGCACAUUUCUGGACCCUACGCCAGACCUAUUAAAAUAAAAAACUCUGAGGUUGAUAUCUGUGCAGAAGAAUUGGGGAAUAAUGUAAAGCCCACUGUUACUUUGCUAGGAAACAUACAUGCUGUCACUAAGCAGCUUUUAGAGGAACUUGAUAAAACACCAUGGCAGUAUCCUCCAGAGAGCAAGUGGUGGAAAACUCUGAGAGAAAAAAUGAAGAGCAAUGAAGCUGCAUCCAAGGAACUAGCUUCUAAAAAAUCCCUGCCUAUGAAUUAUUACACAGUAUUCUACCAUAUUCAAGAACAACUACCUAGAGACUGUUUCGUGGUAAGUGAAGGAGCAAAUACUAUGGACAUUGGACGGACUGUGCUUCAGAACUACCUUCCUCGUCACAGGCUUGAUGCUGGUACUUUCGGAACAAUGGGAGUUGGUUUAGGAUUUGCUAUUGCAGCUGCCGUGGUGGCUAAAGAUAGAAGCCCUGGGCAAUGGAUCAUCUGUGUGGAAGGAGACAGUGCAUUUGGGUUUUCUGGCAUGGAGGUAGAAACCAUCUGCAGGUACAACUUGCCAAUCAUACUCUUGGUAGUGAAUAACAAUGGAAUUUACCAAGGUUUUGAUACAGAUACUUGGAAAGAAAUGUUAAAAUUUCAAGAUGCUACUGCAGUGGUCCCUCCAAUGUGUUUGCUGCCAAAUUCACAUUAUGAGCAAGUCAUGACUGCAUUUGGAGGCAAAGGGUAUUUUGUACAAACACCAGAAGAACUCCAAAAAUCCCUGAGGCAGAGCCUAGCAGACACAACUAAACCUUCUCUUAUCAACGUCAUGAUUGAGCCACAAGCCACACGGAAGGCCCAGGGAAGGCUUCUCAGAGGAGGUGAUUCUUAAACGGAGAUCAGAAGGAUAAGCAGAGACUAACUCGGCAAAGGGGAGAGGGAAGAGAUGUGCAACAGGCUCUGUAGCAAGAGGAAAGAGGAAGCAUGGCAAGUCUGAGGAAGAGGGAGAUGCAACUGUAAUACGAGGAUUUGUGCAG